AUGGCUGCAAAGCAAGGGUACGGGCCAGAUCUGAAAAAAUAUCUCAAUUUGAAUGUGGAUAUUAAGCUGAAUGGAAAUCGAAGAGUUUGUGGAGUACUACGAGGAUAUGACCAACUUAUGAAUCUCGUAUUAGAAAAUGCAUAUGAAAUCGCAGGCCCUAUUAAAAGAGAAAUCGGCUCAGCUUUUAUCCGCGGUAAUUCCGUAAUAAUGUGGGAGUGCAUCGAUAAAGUAGUUUCCUAACUCCCCCCCCUCCGUGAGUGAACAAAAACAUUAGAAAAAUCGCUAUUUUUUGCCCCAAAACCCACUCCGUGAGUGAACAAAAAAUUUUUUUUAAUAGAAAAUUUUUUAUUGAAAAAAAUUUUUUUGAUAUAUAAAUGAUAAUUAGUAUAAUGAAAUCUAGAGCUAAUUCUGUUUAAUUUUAAACGAAUUGCUUUUUAAAACAUAAAUUUUACAAAUUAAAUUAAUAUUUGCUUUACAAUUUUUGUGAAUUAGGAUUUUUUUAAAUUUCGAAAGAAAACAAAAAUUUUUUAUAAAAUUUAUAUAUAAAUUUUUUUUAAAAACAAAAAUUAAACCCCCUCCGUGAGUGAACAAAAUUUUUUGUUCACUCACGGAGGGGGGGAGUAA